GUCCUUCACUCAGGUGUCUUAGAGCCACAUAACCCCCUUCUCCCUCCUCAGUUGCGCACGGAGCAGAUGAUGAGAGGGUGACACCGCACGGAGCUUCGUACAGAGUGAAACAACAGUCUGAGCCACUAACCUUGGAUAAGUGGGACGCCAAGAUGCCCGAAAGUGAUACCUGGGCGGGGACUGGAUUGGAUACAACAAACGGCAUGGACUGUGCUGGCAGCUGUGACAGUGUUGCCAGUGCCAAUUCUGGUUGUAGUGAUGAUAGUCUGGAUCACUUGUCUCCUGAGGAGAAGGCCUGCAUCUUGUUUUUGGAGAAGACUAUUGAGUCUUUGGAUACCGAAGAUGACAGUGGACUGUCCAAUGACGAAUCUGACCAAAUGCCCACUUCUGGCAGUCUUCCUACCACACUGACAGACGUGUCAGCCUCCGCCAGCAAAAGCAAGCCCAAGAGUUCACAGAAAUCUUUCAAGAAACCCAACAAGGAAAACGUUGAUGCCAAACUCACGCAGAGCUCCCUGGUUCCUACACCUCUCGUUGUGGCAAAUGGUUCUCAGAGUUCUGUACCCACUCCUGUGGACAAGAACCUCAACUCUAAGCCUCAGGUCACAUCUAAGAACAAACAUUCCCACAAACACAAUAAGAAAGCUGCUCCUCAAACCGUACCGUUAGAGGUUAAUGUCAUGAUAGCACCUUCCACAAAGCCCAGGGACAAUUCAGCCAGAACGGCUGAGGAUCCUUUACCUAGAGGACCUCUGUCCUAUGAAGCACUCGUUCAUUUGCGAAAGAAUGCCUCCACAAAAAAGACCCCUUUAUGUCCCACGGUCGAUCACACCAUCGACUCCAAGCACCCUACCGCACUAAUGGAAGACCCAAACUCUAAAACAGGCCCUCAAGCUAUGGCCCCAAAACCCUCAAAAAAGUUUCCUGCCAACAUAUCUGUAACAACACAAAAAGAAGUCUCUGUAACCUCAGACUCUUCACACAACGUCAACCACGCAAGCAAUCCCAAGGUGGUGAGACAGGAAGCUUUGCAGAAGCUCGGCCUCCCGACAGACGAAGAGUCAGAAAAUGAUACAGUGGCUCAACUGCCUCCCUCGAAGUCUCACUCCUCUUUGGACCCAAAAGCUAACAGAAGUACAAAAGGGAAUACAUCAAGAAGUCCUUCGUUCUGUUGCCCUCAAGUGUCCUCAGAGCCCAAGAUCAGAUCUCUGCAGAGCAGUGCCAGUUUCCAUCACUCCUCCAGAUGUGACCAGCAGGCUGCCUCAGCAUCACAUCCUGCACAUUCCAACGGGUUAAAGCCAGCUGCUGCUGCGGCGCGCUCUGCUGCCCCCAAAAAGCACAAAAACAGCGGAAACAGCCCUCAACGCACCCCAUCAGCCAAGCCGGCGAAAACCGCCAUCAUAGCCCAGCCUGCAAACCCCAAAUCCAACAGCUCGGUCGGGUAUACUAUGAUGGUGGUGCCUGGGAUGGGAUCCGAUCGAAAAGAGGCUCUCAAAAAGCUUGGACUGCUCAAACACUGAAGCCGAUAAAAAGCAGAAGUCCACCUGCGUAAAUGCAGUGCUUGGAGAGAGUUUAAGAGUACUAUCGGCUUAAAGAGAGUUAGAGCAUUAAGUGGGAAUUUGGCACUUGGCACUUUUGGCAAACCAGGGCAGCAGAAGAGGAUAAGAAGAAGAAUGAUUUAGAGGUCCGUUUACCAGCACUUAUAGUGUAGACCAUAUACGCUCCAUCACUUGAUGCUAGCUUUUAAUACAAAGCUAUUUUUCUGGGACAGAUUCCUAAAGUAACUGAAAAAAACACCUUAUACAUUUCAAACUGUUGAGGAUGUACCUAUAUGAUGAUAUAUAUGGCAAUCCAAUCACAACCGCUAAUCGUGUUUGCUAUAAUGAAUUUCAGCUAGUAUUGACCUGAUAAAAGAUGAUGACAGUAAAUAAGUGUGUGCGCAAAUCAGCCGUAUUUGUACGUUAACUGAUUUUUUCCAUGAGUCACUGAUGUGCCUAUAAGUGAAUUGUUGGUUCAAAGAUCAAUUCAUGCAAACAAAAGUUUGAAAGUGUUUUUGAGGUGAUUGUUUUUUUUUGUGUUUUAUGAACAGCAGUUGCUCUCUGCCACGUGAUUAUUAAUAUCUUGUAUCAUUUGCUUAUUUGUUCCUUUCUACUGUAAUUUUUUUUUACUGUAUGCAUGGGUUUCAGGGUCUUAGAAAUGUGUCCAUGUAACUGCCUUCAUUGUCUAAAAACGGGAUAUUUUUUGUCCACAAUGAAAAAUAAUUAUUUGUAACCUGCUUCGAUUAAUGUCACUGAAAUGAAAAUCAAAAAUAAAAGAUAAUUAUGAAGCCAAA